GCCGUUACAAAGGUUCAUGUUCGGCACUACUACUAUACUUCUAUUAUUUUCACCUGGUGAAGAAGACGAAUGACGUUUGACAGGUCAAAUCUACGGGCUGCAAGUGUUGACGUCGCACAUCUUGGUCUGCGUUUGUAAUCACAGGCUUCUACCAUGGUAGAAGUCAAGGCACAAGUAUUAGGUGGCCCUGUCCACCUUGCAGGUGACACAGUGCAAGUCUGUGUCACUAUCACAGUUCCAUCGCUAGAUCCAGCUCUACGUGCACAGUCAAGUGAUGUAUGUGAAGUUUCUCGCUGGGUAGUUGCACAGAUCCAUUGUCAGUGCUCAGUUAAUGAAUCUCGUGUUCAUCUCCCAGCUUAGCCUAAACCACCAGAGGAUAGAGCUGUUACCAAUGCUGACACAUCAUUUGCUCCUUGCCGUGGUGAAAGAGGCCAUGUUGUCCUAUCUACAAAACCUAAAAUUCUAUUUUGUGACCUCCAGCUUCUACCAGGUGAAAGACGAUCAUUCUUGUACAAAGGAACUCUUCCAUGCGAUGCGCCACCAACAUAUCGAGGCCAACUCUUGAAAUAUGCCUACAAGAUAACCAUUGGUGUCCAGCGUCUCGGUGCAACGAUCAAACUUCUAAGAGUACCCAUCCGAGUUAUUGUCUUACGAGGACUGAGUGAAGCGUGUGUCUAUAGUGAAAGUGGGGAAUUAGCACCAUCAAAUCCUUUUUUACACACUCCACAACGUGAUACUCCUAGACACACUGCUCUGCAAUUGAUUCAAAAUCUUUCAACUCGCAAGAAUUUAACACAAUACAAUAUAACAAAUGCACGAGGAAAAGUGGUACAUUUUUGCAUCUAUAAAACUAGCUUUAGGCUGGGGGAAGAUAUUGUAGCUACAUUUGACUUUAACACUGCCGAGGUUCCAUGUGUCCAGUACUCAGUAACUCUUCAGAGUGAAGAAGUGAUAGCUGAAGCCUGUCGUCAACGUCCGUCACAGAAGCCCAUGAUUAUGGCUUAUAGCAAAACUCAUGAAAUGUGUCUGAAUAUGACUCACACACAUUUCUUGCUUCCAGUACCUUUACAUGUCACUCCAUCAUUUAGUACAGAUAUAGGUAACCUGAGGUGGCUUCUACAUUUUGAAUUUGUGACAAGUGUCAAUGAAGUUGCUGGACCAUCACCACCAAGUGGGGCCAAAGACCAAGUAGAGUGGCGUGCACCAAGUACUUUAGAUAUUGAAACAAUGGUUUGGGAUUUACCUAUUACUAUUCUACCCACUACUCCAAAUCAAGUAGCCCAAGCUAUUUGCAUGCCAGCUCAACAAAGUCUUCCAUUAUAGAAACUAUAGAAUUUAUAGAAUUUCUAAUAUGUAUAAUAUCUAUAUAAUAGGUUAUUUGUUUUCAUUUUAGAGUAUGUUUGAAAGUUAUAUAUCUAUCUGUAGUUUUAUUCAUAAAAGGUGAGAUCUAGCGAAGAACUUUUUCAACCUGUAGUUUUUAAGAAAUGAAAAUGUUUAAGGUAA